CCAGACAUUGAACGACAGGUACCGGGAAAUUUAGAACAAGCUCUGUAAUUAUGGAAGAAAGCACUUGGCACGCAAAGGAAAACGAGCCCUGAGAUCGAUUGAGAAAGAGCUUGGCACCCAUUUAACCAGAAGUAGCGCUUGCAGUUCCACCCGGGAGUACGUCGGUUAUGAUUUUCUGCCGCCAUUUGCUAAGUGUAUGUAAACAAUCUAAUUAUACUUGAAGGUUUGUUAAACAAGAAAAUUUGAGAUUACAGAAAAGUAAGUAGUCAAGAACAGCUGCAAAAUGGAGUCUCUAAGUGAUGAGAAUGAGAUAGUGAUAGAGUCUGGGAGCGUGCCAUUAGACGCCGACGGAAAACCACUUGAAAUGCAAGCUCUCGAUGGAGGUGCGAUCCAAAUGGUUGACGGAGGAUCUGUGGAAGUACGAUUUGGCUUUACAGAUGGUUCACAGAUGGUAUCAGAUGGCGGGAUGAUUUCCAUGAGUCCUGAUGUACAAGGGGCCCAGAUGACACAAGGAGACACAAUGGUGACUAGCGGUGGUACAGUGCAGAUGGUAGAUGGGGGAACGGUACAGAGCGUGGGUAAUGCGGGGAUGGGUGGAGAAGGAUCAAUGCAAGGCAUGAAUGGAGGCUCAAUGCAGAUGAUGCAAGGAGGGUUGAUGAUGGCGAGUGGUGGUACGAUGCAAAUGGUAGGUGGGGGCAUGUCUGGGGGAGGAUCGAUGCAAAUUAUAGAUGGCGGUUCGAUGCAGAUAGCUCAAGGAGAUACAAUGAUGGCUAGCGGUGGCACAGUGCAAAUGGUAGAUGGGGGUAUGACUGGGGGAGAAUCAAUGCAGGCUAUCGAUGGUGGAACAAUGCAAAUGCUGGACGGGGGUUCGAUGCAAAUAAGUGGUGGAGAAAUGCAAUUUAUAGAUAGCGGCAGUAUGAGCAUGGCACCAGGAGGCGGCGCAGUGCAAAUGAUGGAUGGAGGAUUUGUACAAAUGGGAGCUGGGGAUGCUGGGGGAGGAAUACAAGUCACAGAUGGCGGGGGUGUGGCCAUGGCACAAGGAAGCGGCUCAAUGCAAAUGAUGGCUGACGGUGGCGUCAUGGUGACGUCUCAAGGUAUGGGUGGUGGGUCAGUACAGAUGGCAGAUGGAGUGGUACUGCAAAUGUCGGAGGGAGGGACUGUACAAAUCCUGGAUGGAGGAGCAAUGCAAGUCAUUGGUAUGGUGCAGGACGGAGGCUCCAUGCUGUUCGCUGAAGGCGGCUCUGUACAGAGGGGUGAAGCAGAAGGAGCACAAGUUAUUGACGGUGGAACGAUAGAGAUGUCAUCACAACACACUAUGGAACAGAUGGGAACGGUCGAGAUGAGCAGUGAAGACCUGUCGACAUACGAAAUGACUACAGAGGAAAUGGUUUCAGGUGGCGGAAUCAUCGUAGGAUCCGUCGAACAGCUUCCAGAAACCGAGUUCCAAGUAGAAGAAAUAUCAACAAUGGAAUCAACUGAGUUGAUCAAUGGCGGGAUGAUGUUGGAAGAGACCGUAGAAGAGCUACCUUUGGAGAGACAUAGGGAAGAAAUAUCAACAUUUGAAGUUUUAGAAAAAGAAGUAUCUACGAUUGAGGUACAAGACGAAGUUCUUGUCGAAGAGUCAGGUGUAUUAGAAAUGCAAGCCCAAGCUCUAGUUGCUGAUAUUGUUGAAGAAUCCACACUUGAAAUACAAGAAGAAAUGUCACAAUCUGAGGUUUUAGCGGAGUCCCUUGAAAUUCAAGAGGAUGGUUUAUUAAUGGAGGAAUCAGAGAUUAUCGAGGAGUCAAAUCUUGAAAUACAAGAAGAAAGUCUUCUCAUAGAAGAAUCUGCAAUCGCAGAAGAGUCAAAUCUCGAAAUACGAGAAGAUUGUCUUCUCAUAGAAGAAUCUGCAAUCGCAGAAGAGUCAAAUCUCGAAAUACAAGAAGAUUGUCUUCUCAUAGAAGAAUCUGCAAUCGUAGAAGAAUCUGAAAUCUUAGAAGAGUCAGCCCUUGAAAUACAAGAAGAGUCGCUCCGAGUUGAAGAAUCUGCAAUCGUAGAAGAAUCUGAAAUCUUAGAAGAGUCAGCCCUUGAAAUACAAGAAGAGUCGCUCCGAGUUGAAGAAUCUGCAAUCGUAGAAGAAUCGGAAAUUGUAGAAGAAUCUGAAAUCUUAGAAGAGUCAGCCCUUGAAAUACAAGAAGAGUCGCUCCGACUUGAAGAAUCUGCAAUUGUAGAAGAAUCUGCAAUAGUAGAAGAAUCGGAAAUUGUAGAAGAAUCUGAAAUCGUAGAAGUGUCAACCCUCGAAAUACAAGAAGAGUCGCAUGACGUAGGAGAAUGUGAAGUCGUAGAAGAGUCAAAUCUGGAAAUACAAGAAGAUUGUCUUCUCAUAGAAGAAUCUGCAAUCGUAGAAGAAUCUGAAAUCUUAGAAGAGUCAGCCCUUGAAAUACAAGAAGAGUCGCUCCGAGUUGAAGAAUCUGCAAUCGUAGAAGAAUCUGAAAUCUUAGAAGAGUCAGCCCUUGAAAUACAAGAAGAGUCGCUCCGACUUGAAGAAUCUGCAAUCGUAGAAGAAUCUGCAAUCGUAGAAGAAUCUGCAAUCGUAGAAGAAUCGGAAAUUGUAGAAGAAUCUGAAAUCUUAGAAGAGUCAGCCAUUGAAAUACAAGAAGAGUCGCUCCGAGUUGAAGAAUCUGCAAUUGUAGAAGAAUCUGCAAUCGUAGAAGAAUCUGCAAUCGAAGAAAAAUCGGAAAUUGUAGAAGAAUCUGAAAUCGUAGAAGUGUCAACCCUUGAAAUACAAGAAGAGUCGCUUGACGUAGGAGAAUGUGAAAUCGUAGAAGAGUCAAAUCUGGAAAUACAAGAAGAUCCAGUAACCGAGGAAAUAACAGAAGAAUCAGUCCUUCAAACUGAAGAAAGUUUAAUCAUAAAAGAGUCCGUUGUUUCAGAGCAGACUUUAGAGGAUGACACUGUUGUGGAAAUAUCUACUGAAGUACUACAAGAAGAGACACUUCUUAGUGCUGCAGUCAUUGAGGAAUCGACCUUUGAAGUCCAGGAAACGCAGCUCGAGGAACAAAUUGUUAAAGAGAUACAAGCGGACGUAUGCGAGGAAGUGUCUGUUCAGGAAAUACACGAAGAGACAAUCGGAGAAGUGUCACAAAUCGAAGAAGCCCAAUCAGAGAAUGUCGAGGAAUCGGUGCUUGUUGAAAAAGUCAAUGAAGAGAUAGUUGAUGAAUUGCCUUUGGAAGAAACCUCAAUAGAGGUCACUUGUGAGGUUGUAGAAGAGCUUCCACUACAGGAUGAAAAGUCAGAAGUAGUUGAGGAAAUUGUCGAAGAUCUUCCAGAAGAGCCCGAGCUUGUCGAGGAAACCCUUGAUUGCACAAUAGAAGAAGUUGGUAUCGUUGAGAGUAAUGAGGAGGUCGUGGAAACCCUUGAUUGCACAACAGAAGAAGUUGGUAUCGUUGAGAGUAAUGAGGAGGUCGUGGAAGAGGCGCCAGUAGAGGUAGAAGGAGAGAAAAUCCAAGAGGACAAAUCAACGAUUUUCGAAGAGACUGUCGAGAAAUUGCCAUUAGAAGAAGAGUCUGUUUUCAUUAAAGAAAGAGAAGAAGAAUUGCCAAUGGAUGAUCAAUCAACUGUCAUCGAAGAAACAAUCAAGGAACUUCCUUUAGAAGAGGCGGAAACGGUCGUCAUUAAAAGUGUGGAAGAACUCCCACAACAAUGUGAGAUCGUGGAAGAUUCAACCGCUGAAACAAGUAAGAUCGUAGAGACGACAGAAACUGUAGAAGAAAUUCUUCAAGAAAGCAAAAAAGAAGUUGUAACAACAGAUGAUGUAUCGCAAGAAAAGCCAUCAAUGAAUGAGACAAAAGUUAUAGAGGAAAAUGUGGAAGCUCAGGUCAAAAUGCAGAAAACGGAAGAAAAAACAACUGCAUCUAAGUCAGAGCCGGCUCAAGAACCGGUAAAACAGCCACCAGUGAAAGACGUCAAAGAAAACAGUCUUCCCCAGUCUCCUCAAGAAACGCCUCGCUCCUGCGCAUGCGUACACAGCUGCAUAUCAACUCCAAGAUACGACCAAAUCUGCACCCACAUGCAUGAGGUCGAGGAACUGAAACUUAAGAUCGCCCGCAUCGAGAAAGAGAAGGAAUAUCUGGAAGGGAAAUAUGACCAGUUGAACAGCGAUAAACCUGUUUUGGAGUCAUCUCGAGUCGAUGACUUCUCGCGGAGGCUGAUGAAUGACGUCGUCCAGUCACCAAGGUCACUUCGUAGUGAUUGCCAUUCUUGGUCCUGUCACUCAAACUGCAGCUCAAAAUCCUCUGAUGUUGAGUCUGAGUUUUAUAAGGCAAAGUGCGACGAGAUAAAAAGUGAGAAAGAGUCCUUGGAAAGAGCAUAUGAGUGCGAGCGAAGACAAAAAGAGAAAAUAGAGCGAGAAUUUCAAACUGAAAGAAACGACAAGAGGUUCCUUGAGGAGAGGUAUGACAAGAUGAUAAAAAGUAUCACACAAUUCGAAGAUACCAUUAAGGGUCUUCGGCGUGAGAAUGCUACUUUGCAGUCGAGUUUGAAUGAAUGGUCAAGAUCCAAGGUGAAUAACACCAAUGCCUUCUACAGCAUGAGCGGAAUAGAGUCAGCUCCGGAAAUGGCGGAUUAUCGUCGAAGCCUUGAGACUUUAGAAAAAGAGAACAAGGAAUUCCGCAAGAUUUUAGACAGCUUGAAUAAACAAAACGAUUCGCAGGAUAAUUUAAAAGUGAUAGAGCUGGGUUUGGUAAAGGAGCACGAAUACCUUGAAAUGGCGCGGGAAAGAACAAAGCUUGAAGAGACUAUGCGCGAACAGAAACGCUGCAUAAAGAACCAGGAAGAACAGAUCGAAGAUCUAAAGAAAGAGCUUGAAGAUGAAGGCUGGAAAUGGAAAGAGAUUGAAAGAAAGAAUGAGCGAAGGCUUCGGGAAUUACAGGCUGUUAUUGAAGACAAGGAACAUGAAAUGAAUGAGAAUAAACGAGUGCAUAUACAGGAGGUCCACCUUAUGGAAAUCAAGCUAAAGACUGAGACAUCGAACAAAAGCCACUUGCAAAGUCAGGUCACGGAGUUACAGAACACUGUGCGGCGAUUUGAAAGGGAAAAGCUUCAGACAAGGGAGGGAGGCUUGCACGGUAGUGCAUCUCUUGAAGACCUCUACAGCAAUGAAGACGUCACGGUGCUUAGAAGGCGAUAUGAGGAGGAACAGAGAGGAAGGGUGAAGCUUGCAAAUGACAUCAAAUAUCUUCUCCAAGACAUCGUUGACCUGAAAGAAAAGAAUAACAAGAUGAGGGAUGAUUUUACUCAAGAAAGAAUGGAAAUCAAAGUGUUACUGGAAAAGCAAGCGAAUGAGAUCACUCAGGUUUACCUUUCCCAGAUUAGCAAACUGCAAAGUCAGUUGGCAGAAGAGGUGAAAAAAAGGGAAAUAAAUGAAAAUGGGAUGAACAGUUUCGGAGGAGGUAAGGGUAAGGCACAAAAUCCAGGAAUGACUGGAAACGAUUUCCAGACACGACUUACAAAUGAGACGCGCAAACGCGAAGCUCUGGAGAUGGAAAACAAAAGUCUACUUAAUGAGUUGAACAAGGCGUUGUAUGCAGGGGGAAGCGAGUAUGAGUCGGACACGAUGACAAAGAGCAUACGAGAAGAUAAUCAAACAGACUUGAGGAGAAAGAACAAGGAGCUAAGGUCAGACGUGGAGGAACUCCAAGAACAAGUAGAAGACAUGGCGGCCCUCGCUAAAAAACACAAGCAACUGAAAACUCGCAACGACGACCUUCAAGAUGAGUUGGAUCAGGUGACACGAAAACGCGACGACCUGAUAUCGACUCAGCGAAGCCUUACGAGAGACGUCGACCACUUGACGACAUCGCUGGAGGAGGUUCAACGAAAGAAUCGCAAGUAUGCGGAUGAGGUCGAUCGACUUUUGAAGAAGAUUCAAAAUAUUGAGGACUCUUUCCGUGAAGAGAAAGCUGUCUUGAUCAAAAGCCAUGAAAGUGAUAAAAAUACAGUGCUGGAGAAUAUGAAAAGAAGGUAUGAAGACUUGAAAGAAGAGAAUCAUGAACUUAAGACAAAGCUGAAAGAAUUUGAAAGCGACACCCAUAACAGAGGGUACAGUUCACAGGGCUCCCUUCAAGAGCAGGUCAAGAACUUGGAGAAGAUGCUAGAGAAGGCAAACAAUAAUCGCCAAGAAGAAUUAGACAAAAUCGCAGCACAGAAGAAACUCUUGAAAGAUGAAUUUGAGCGAGAGAAGCAGAAAUUGAGAGAGUGUUUUGACAGAGAGAAAGUGAUGCUAGCGCAACAGUUGAACCAAGCACAGUUCUCAGGGGAUGGAGGUCAAUUGGAUACCAACCUCUUCCCUUAUCCUUCGCAAGGCGGUGGCCUGGUUCCUCAAGAUGCGAGCAUGUGUAUGGCUGCUUAUCCUGACUUCUACCAAUCAAAUCCACCGAACAGUCGUGGAAGUAUGGAAGAUAUCAUCCAGCCAAUGAGUGCGAAGCAAAAUUAUGCCUCAAUCGAUGGAGGUUCGGAAAGCUACCGGUCUUAUCACUCGCAAAGUGGUGAUAUGCGCAUGGGUGGAAUGGACUUCGCUGACCAUUAUGGCGUGCAAGGUCAUAUCGAGGACACUACUUGGGAUGGCUCGGAUGGCCAGAGAGAAGCAGGAUUUAGUGAACAGAAAGCGGAAAGGUCAUCCUCAGGAGGUAAUCGAACCACUCAUGGGGCAAGUAAUAAGCCAAGGGACGGGAGCGAUUUUGAACGCAAAGUCAGAGAAGUAGGUGAUCGGUUCAGCAAAGAUAAGAACGAUAUACUGCAAAAGGCUUCUAAUGACCAGCGGCAAUUUCAACAGAGCAUGAGCAGUCAGAUGGGGAGGGAGCUGGACGACAUGACUCGUAGUUACGAGAACGAGUUGAACCGGCUACACUCGCGGGAAUCGGGACGGUCCCGCGGGUCGCAUCAAUCACGUGACACUGGAACACAACAAAGAAAACUGGACACGGCUUUGGAUGAGAUUGCAAAACUUAAAAAACAAAUUGAUAAACAGAAGGCGGAGUUUGGAAAAAAGGAGGAGAGCUUGAAAGUUAAAUACGAGGAAAUGCUAAAGCGUGUUACCGCUGAAAAGAUUACCCUGUCUGAGUCGGUGCAAGCGCUGAAGAAAGAGAUUUCAGUUCUGAAGUGCGAACGCAGGGAAUCGCGCUGCAAGACUAGAGCCGAGUUGGAUAAGGUAAUAAAACAAAGUGAACUUGAGAAACUGACUAUUAAAGACUCUUGUGAAAGGAAACAGAAAGAUGAAUUGAAAAGACUUGAGCAGGUCUUCCAAGACAGACUACUCAAGGAUAAAAUACGAUUUGAACAAACUAUUGAUGACAUGCAACGGAAGAUGAGCAAUGCGGAGGGUAGAAUGAGGGAGUUUCAAUCCAUGCUGGAUGCUGAGAAGCAUAGAUUUGAACAAGAGAGGCAUCAUUUCCAAGAAACACUGAUGCGAAGCCAAGAGGACCUCAGAAUAGUCUUGGAAAAGGAAUACAGAAAAAUGGCCACUUCCGAGAAAAUGAAGUUCGAGAAGACGUUCAAGGAAUUGAAACAACAGAUCUCUUCUCUGCAAGAGCAGCGUAUGGAAAUCCAGGCGAAACUCUCCUAUAAGGAAGGAUCGGAAAUUAGCAAGAUGUCCAGGGAACGUCUGGUGCUCCAAAUUGAGCAAGAUUUCCUAGGAAAGCUUGAAAAAGCCAAAGUUCCUCUUGAGGACAAGAUCCGAGAGUUAAAAGAGGAGUUAAGCAAAGCGAAGCGAGAACAAAACACAGCAAAGAGCGCCUUGGAGCAAGAGAAGGCAGACCUUCAGCAGGAGGUUGAUAGAGUCAACGAUAACAUGAAAGCAAAGCUACAGCGAGCGAAAGACGAGAUCGAAAGACAAGCAGAUCUGAUUGCACUUCUAGAGACCAAGAAUAACAGCAUUCCAGUGGUAUCAGAUUUGGACAUUCAGGCCCCAGGCCUUCUCGGUCAGAAGCAGUACCAGGAACAGCUGAAUCUGCUGGAACAGCGGAACCUGACACUGCAGGCUCGCAACGAAAGACUGGAGGGAGAGGUCAAAAUGCUUAGCGGCCGGGUCGUCAGUCUGGAAGAGAGGGGACUGAAUUCUUCCUAUAGCCUUCAAACCUCGCCACGCGGCCGCCCUCACAUAUCAGACCAUCACGAGAGCCUGCAUUCGGGGUCAGCGUAUAGGAGUUACCAUAACAACUUGGACAGCUUAAACAAUCACAGGACAGAGUACCAAGGGCAGUCAUCUAUUGGGGCUGAAUCUUACAGGGACAUUCUAGAUAGAGUACGUCAGACCAUCGAUGGAAAUUACCCCCAAAGAAUGGGCUAUGUAUCAGGUGGUGGAAUGGCCGGUGAUAUAGGGACAGAAAGGCUUGGUUAUGGGUCAGACCUUAAAGGUAUAGGAUUGGUGCCCUUAGGAAUCGAGUCAGGAAUGGGUUCCAUGUUAGGAGGUAUGGGGUCAGCUACUGCUGGGAUAGGAUCAGCACACGGAGGUGUAGGGUCUAUGGGGGUGAUGUCUGGAGGUAUUGGGUCGAUUUCCGGAAGUAUGGGGUCAACUUCGGGAAGUAUGGGGUUGAUGUCUGGAGGUAUGGGGUCUAUUUCUGGAGAUAUGGUGUCAACUUCUGGUGGUAUGGGGUCGAUUUCUGGAGGUAUGGGCUCUAGUUUUGGAGGGGGUAUGGGGUCAGUUGCAGGAGGCAUGGGUACAUCAGGGCGAGGUUUUACCGCUGGAAGUUCCGCCAUUAGAAACGAGUUCUCUGUAUCGGCUUUCAAUAGAACAAACACUCGCUCAGAUGGUGGAAUGGCAAGCGCGGUGAAUAGCAUGCAAAGGGGUACACGGUUUAAUACUACUGAUUUAGGGAGAGAUUUGAAUACAGACCUGGUCGCUAAUAACGGGUCUGCUGUGAGUGCGGGUCAGCAGUCUGUUGACAUGCGCAGUGAGGUGCUCACCAAUACGUCACAAUUUGCAAAUGAAGAUCUAAAACAAGAAACGAUUGUAGAUGUGAACACAUGACUACCUGAAAACUUUGUCUUCAUUGCAAACAGCCAUACCUUAUAUGGCAACCAUUCAUAGCAAUUUAUACACGUAUUUCAAUUAAGGUUGCAUCCGCGAAUCAAUGUAUCGUAACCCGCAGAAGUUCAUGUGUAACGUAUAAAUGGCUGAAUCCUGGUCUCUAAACGCCAUGUGAACGUUUAGAGGUACAGAAACGGCCAUUCUAAAGCUUUCUUAACCUGUGUUUGUUUUUAUUUGCGCUUAUUUUUUUUUACCCAUGAAGCACUGCAGGUUACGACACAUUCUCCAAGUGCAACCUUAUUUUAAAUUGGUGUAUCUCUUUGACUUUGCGUAUAAGUUUUUAUGUAUUGCUUUUUUAAAUCCCGUUUAUAAAAAAAUGAAUGACCUAACAGUUGCUAGGGCUUGAAGUUUUGAAAAAGUUUGCUUAUCCCAUGUAACGAGUUAGUAUGGUCAGUAUCUUACUGAUUUGUGUAGAGAUUAUUUCAACUCAUGGGCAUUAGUCUUGAUAUUUCUACAUUUAACGAAUUUGCAGGUUUAAAUAAAGAUGAAAAUGAUUUCAAAGCUUAAAAGAGACACAUCUUAAAUUGUUUAAGUUUAACAUAGAUUAUUAAAGUUGGUAGAAAUAAUUGUUAAUUUAUGUGGGAACGAAUGGAAGUAAAUGAAAUCAAAUAAAUAUAGUUUGAGUUCUGUAUUUGA